UGUAUUAUUGUCAAACUCAAACUUCAAAGGAGGCUUGCCAUCCAAGCUAUUAUUGUCGCACUAUAUAUGAACCCUCACCCUCCCUCCAGUUCUCAAAACCCUAGCCUCUGUCUGACUCUGUCUCAAGUCUCAACAAGUUUUCCCACCUCUGCUCGCCGGCAACCAUGAUGGAGCUCCGAUUGGUUCAGGGCUCUCUACUCAAGAAGGUCAUCGAGUCCAUCAAGGACCUCGUCACCGACGCCAAAUUCGACUGCACCUCUACCGGCUUCUCCCUCCAGGCCAUGGACUCCAGCCACGUCGCCCUCGUUGCUUUGCUUCUAAGAGCUGAAGGGUUUGAGCACUACCGCUGUGAUCGCAACAUCUCUAUGGGUAUGAACCUUGGUAACUUGUCCACGGUGCUCAAGGGCGCUGACAACGAUGACAUCAUCACUCUCAGGGCUGACGAUGAUGGUGAUACUGUCACCUUCAUGUUUGAGAACCCCACCGAUGAAGACAGAAUUACGGAUUUUGAGAUGAAGUUGAUGGAUAUCGACAGCGAGCAUCUUGGAAUCCCAGAGGUAGAAUACGAUGCUAUUGUUAGGAUGCCAUCUGCUGAAUUUACCAAGAUUUGCAAGUACUUCUGUAGCUUUGGUGAUACUGUUGUGAUAUCUGUGACAAAGGAAGGUGUCAAGUUCUCUACAAGUGGGGAUAUGGGCACUGGUGAUAGACGGUAUAAGCAGAAAAAUACUGUUGACAAGCCUGAAGAAGCAACAAUCAUAGAGAUGAAUAAGCCAGUUUCAUUGUCAUUUGGACUGAGGUACAUGAACUCCUUCACAAAAGCAUCCUCCUUGUCAAACACAGUUACUAUCAGCCUCUCCUCGGAACUACCAGGAUUGGUUGAGUACAAGAUUGCUGAGAUGGGAUACAUAAGGUUCUACUUGGCUCCAAAGAUGAUAGAGGAUGAUGAACGAGUUUGA